AAAAUAGUUCAAUAUAACUGUGCAAAAUGGGAGAUAUUGAGGAAAUGCCGGAACCCCACGCUGCAUUCAAUAACUGUGGCAAAAAGGAGGGACUAGAAAUAUGGAGGAUCGAGAAUUUUCAGCCCGUGCCCGUUGCCCCGAGUAAUCACGGGAAAUUUUAUAGCGGCGACUCUUACAUUAUCUUAAAGACAACAGGCAUCUCACCAUCCCUGAGCUACGAUGUGCACUUCUGGCUGGGCCGCGAGAGCUCGCAGGACGAGAAGGGCGCAGCGGCCAUCUUGUCCGUCAAUCUGGACGAAGCCCGUUUCAACGGAGCCGCUAUACAGCACAGGGAGGUCCAGGGUUAUGAGAGCCAGCAGUUUCUGGACUACUUCAAGCCUAUGAUUAUGUAUUUGGACGGCGGACACGCAUCAGGGUUCAGUAAGGUGACCACAAACGAGGGCUCCGAGCGGCGCCUGUUCCAGAUUAAAGGCAAGAAGAACGUCCGCGUCACACAGGUGGAAGCUCACAUAUCCAAGAUGAACGCAGGCGACUGCUUUAUCCUGGACAAGGGGCAUGAUGUGUUCGUCUACGUGGGCGCGGAGGCGAAGAGUGUGGAGCGCCACACGGCCAUCAGGGCCGCCAACCAGAUCCGGGACCAAGACCAUAACGGGAGGGGCCGAGUGCAGAUCAUCGAUUCAAGCUCCACCGAUGAAGAGCUGAACAACUUCUUUGCUGCGCUGGGUUCGGGAGACAAGGACUCCGUGCCCCCUGCGUCUGAUGGUGGGGAUGACGAGAAGUUCGAAACUGGAGUCGCGAAGGCAGUGAGACUCUUUGAAAUAUCUGACGCAUCUGGUCAGAUGAAGACCAUCGAAAUCAAGCCGAUCACGGGGAAAUCCCAGCUUAAAUCCGAUGAGUGUUAUAUCCUGGACGCUCAUAAUAGUGGAGUUUUCGUGUGGGUCGGGAAGAAAUCCAACCAGAAGGAAAAAAUGGAGGCAAUGAAUAGAGCAGAAGAGUAUCUCAAGAAUAACAACUGCCCCGCUUGGAUUCACGUGUGUAAAGUACCCGAAGGAGGGGAGCCUGCAGCGUUUAAACUAUUUUUCCCCGAAUGGGCUUAAACACUACACUAUUGUUUUUAUUUUACUUUAUUGCCACUGAACAAAUCUCAAUAUGACAAUUUUAUGGACUUUUUACGAUAUUUAUCAAUUAUGUAUUGAAAGCGUUUUUUAACCGACUUCCAUUUUUAACCGACUUCCAUUUUUAACCGACUUCCAU